AUGUCCGACUUGACACAAAUUUCAACCUCACUUCAACGAGUUAUCCUACCAAUCAAUGCCCUUCUUGGUAUCAUAGGUAACUCCCUCAAUAUUGCCCUACUCAGUCAACGUUGUUUAUUUUAUCAUGCUUGUUCUCGGUAUUUUCUUGCACUUGCUGGUAACAAUCUAUUUUAUUCAACUAUGCUUUUGACUUAUCGUAUAUUGUCUAAUGGAUAUCAAAUUAAUAUAACCACUAAUUCAAUCAUCGCAUGCAAGAUUGUUAAUUAUAUUAGUACUUUAACUACUUUUCUGGCAACAUACUUCAUUAUACUGGCUUCUAUUGAUCGAUGCUGUGCCAGUUCACGCAAUGCUCAAAUACGCAAGUUUAGUAAUGUUCGAGUAGCACAUUGGAUGAUCUUUCUUGUUGUUGGUGUACUUGCAUUAUUUUUCAUUCAUAUCUUAGUUAUAUAUGGAUUAGAGCCUGAUAAAGGCUUUAUAUGUAUGAUGCAAGCCAAUACAACCUAUUUUCAAGUAUACAUCAUCAUACAAGUUCUUCUCUUUACUGUUGUUCCACCUAGUCUCAUGAUUAUGUGUGGUAUUAUUACAAUAAAAAAUGCCAAGCGUUCACGUAUAGCUCCAAUAAGUGUUUCACGUUUUAGUCGUACUGAAAAUCAACUAGGUCAAAUGCUUUUCUUUCAAGUUGGUGCACAAGUUUUGCUCACUCUACCAACGAGUGUCAGUUACCUUAUUGGUACUUUCCCUAACUACAUUCGUACUACACCUACCUAUGCUUUUGUGGCUGCAGUCUUUCAAGUGCUCAUUACUUUUUCAAUUGGUAUGCCAUUCUUUUCAUAUAUUCUAUCUAGUCGUGUGUAUAGAAAACAACUUAAAGAAUUAUUCCACAAAACAUUUCGAAAAUGUGGUGGCAAUCAAAAUGAGCAUUCAGUAAAUCAAAAUAAUGUUCCACCAGAUAUAGCGGUGGCCUAG